AUGUACCAAAUGCACCAAGACUCGCACUUCAUUGCCUUGCAGUUAGCCCAAGAGAAACAGCUAACAGCAAAGAAAAGCUGGGUUAUGACCAACCCUGGAUCAGAGGGAUUCAUCAAGUUACCAAAUGAGCGAGUACUCUUCACAUCUCCUCCGCGGACAAGUCUGCAAUUAUCCACCCCAAAUACCUACCCGGCAGCUCAACCCUAUUCAGCAAAGAGCGAUGGCGGGGUCGUAUGCAUCACAAACCAAAGAAUAGUCUACUUACCCUCUUCCCCAACCCCCGAACUCCAAUCCUUCUCCGCGCCCAUCCUCAACCUCCAAGAUACAUACGUACGAGCGCCCUUCUUCGGUGCAAACUACUGGACAGCAACAGUAAAGCCCGUCUCUGGUGGCGGCAUCCCAGCUACACACUCCGCAAUAGAGCUACGCCUUACGUUCCGAGAAGGAGGCGCAUUCGACUUCCACACGACUUUCGAGCAAAUAAAGGAAAGAGUAUACCAAGCACAUACCGUGGCGCAAGAGAACGGGCAAUCAGCGGCAGCAGCGGCGGAUCUGCAUUUAGAGCAAUUGCCAGCUUACGAGCCAGCACGAGAAGUAGAGGAUGAUGAACCGCGGAUAUUGAGUCCAGUUCCCACGAGGCCGUCAAGGACGAAUACACAGGAAAUGCCGCCGCCGUCUGUGGCUCCUCCUGCGCCGGAUGAGCCACCGCCUGGAUAUGAGGAGGUGCAGGUUCAGGCUGUUAGUAGUGACUUAGAGGAGAGAUUGAGAGAGGCCGAGAGGAGAGAUUAG